AUGUCUAUGGCUCCAUUUCUUCAUUUUCGAGCAAUCGAUUAUGUUCAUAUUUCAUUUUUAGAAUUAGAAUUUCAAAAUAUUUUAAUAUUUGUAUUUUCUUUAAAGGAAAGUGUGAUAGAGAAAUAA